CGUCGGCAAUUCUAUACCUUUGUACCUUCAGAACUUCGCUCCAGGGUCGCUACCUUCAGGCAGUAUACACUGAAAUUUCUCCUUCGGCCCUCCAUGUACCUACUCGGCUGACAACGUUCUUCCAGAGCUGGUGUGAUCGGCUUGUCCAACGCCGUGUUUCUAGCGGAAGGUGGGUAUAAGGUUACUAUAAUCGCAACCCACGUACCAGGCGAUCACAGUAUCGAAUACACCUCUCCUUGGGCUGGUGCCCACUGGCGGACUCACGCCACAUCCUCGGAACCAGAACUCUGCGACUGGGACGUUCAAACGUUUCAAGAGUGGAACAGAUGGCUCGCUGCAGAAGCGAAAGACCCUACGCUCCCCAAGUCCGGCAUCAAAAUGCAAGAUUCUCUACAUUACUGGGACGGCCCGAUUGAAGAAGAUCUCUGGUGGGCGUCACACGUCGAAGACUAUCGGAGCAUGGCUCUCUCAGAAGAGCCUGUCCGGACCAUCAAUGCUACUCGUCCUCCCCACGCACCCGAGAUCAAAUUCGCUGCUUAUUCUCGCGCCCACAGUCUCGAUGCGCCGGGUCACUUACUGUACCUCCGAAAUCGAGCCCGGAAGUCUGGCGUGAUCAUUUUCCAAUCUACGUUGCCCACAGACGGCGGGCUCUCCAAGGCGCUACACACCGCUGAAGGCCUAUCCCAAGCGAUCGAUCGUGGACGUGUGAAUGUUUUCAUCAACUGCACUGGCCUGGGAGCGAGGCAACUCUGUAACGAUGAUGCGAUGUAUCCCAUCAGAGGACAAACUGUCCUUGUGAAGGGUGAAGCCCAGGCUACGAGAACGAGAUAUCAUGCGGGAACUAUUGGCAAAGGAGAUACCUCGUAUUGUAUUCCUCGGCCGGGAACGGGCACUACGAUUUUAGGCGGGACGAAAGAGGUGGGGCAGUCGAGUCCUGAACCUGACGAGACUGUGACAAAGAAGAUACUGGACCGAUGUUCCUGGAUGGUGCCCGAAUUACUGACUGCCGAGGAUGGAGGGUUUGAGGUCGUUUCCGUACAGUGCGGCCUGAGGCCUGCGAGACAUGGGGGACCGAGAGUGGAGAGAGAAGUCGUAGAAGGCAUGAGGGUGGUUCAUGCUUAUGGACACGCUGGAGGUGGAUAUCAGAACAGCGUUGGUUGUGCGAGAAAAGUCGUGAAGCUAGUGGAGGAGAGUCUGGGUCUGGCCACGAGCAAGUCGAAGCUGUAGGCGGUACAUACCUGUAUAUGUAUAUGUAGGCUCAUAGCUCAGUACGGCA